AUAUCUGACGACACGCCGGCCGAACCGGUUGCCAGCCGUUUACUGCACGGCGCAGCAGUCGAUGACGUGGACAGAUCCAAACCGUCAAUGCACCUUCUUCACUAAGCAGUGGGAAGCUUAAAAGAGCUCAGAGAGAGAUGGCGGACAGCCGAAGGUUUCAGUUGAGCAGUCAAUUCGGGGUGAAAAGUUAAAUGAUACGUAUACGACUCAGAUCAGAAUCGACGGUUUCAGCGUCAGGAAAGUAAAAGAUAAAAGAGCCGAGCAGUACUAAACGGCGGCGUUUUACAGUGAAAAUGGCGGAGGUGAGAGGAUCGAACUCAUUCCGUGACGAGAUGGCCAGUCUAUUGGGGGAUGCAGGGAUCCGAUACGCCGCGGCCGAUCCUAUCGGAAUCUCGACGGCGUCGUUUGCAGCACCGACGGCGGGUCACGUCUCCGGCUACUCGCCGGAGCAAUCGGAGAGUUUGAAGGAUCAGGUUAAGGGAUUUGCAAUGGCUUGGGGGGAGAUUCUGCUGGAUUUGGGGAGAGGAUGUAAGGACAUUGUGCAGCAGAGCUUUUUGACUGAGGACUCGUACAUUGUGAGGAAGCUUGAGACGCCCUGCGCCAAAGCGUCGGCGAAGUUGAGGUACUUGAAUGAGUUCUUGCCGGAGGAUCGCGAUCCGGCUCACGCUUGGCUGGUGAUUCUCUUUGUUUUCAUUCUUGCACUUACAGCUAUAAGUAUAAAUACCGAACAUGACAGCUUGGUUCGACAAGUGAAGAGAGUGCAGAUGCAUCGUCCCAGUGCUACUCAUGUACUACUUCCAGAUGGAAGGCGAUUGGCUUAUCACGAGCAAGGUGUCCCAGCUAAAACAACUCGGAUUUCACUGAUUGCUCCUCAUUCUUUUCUUUCAUCACGACUUGCAGGUAUGCCGGGAAUUAAAAUAUCAUUGCUUGAAGAGUUUGGUAUCCGCUUGAUCACAUAUGAUCUUCCUGGCUUUGGGGAGAGUGAUCCUCAUCCCAGCAGGAAUCUUAACUCAUCUGCGAUAGAUAUCCUGUGUUUAGCCAAUGCCAUUGGUAUUGAAGACAAGUUCUGGGUGCUGGGCCACUCAAGUGGAGCCAUGCAUGCUUGGGCUGCUCUUAGAUACAUUCCUGACAAAGUUGCAGGUGCAGCUAUGGUGGCCCCAAUAAUUAAUCCCUAUGAACCUGGCAUGACUAAGGAAGAGAUGAAAAGAACUUGGGAACCAUGGGUUUUUAGAAGGAAAACAAUGUACUUCUUUGCUCGUAGAUUUCCAAAGUUUCUAAACUCUUAUUAUCGCCGAAGCUUCCUAUCAGGAAAGCAUGACAGAAUUGACAAGUGGUUAUCUCUCUCACUGGGCAAGAGGGAUGAAAUUCUAAUCGAAGAGCCAAAAAUUGAAGAGCAUUUGCAAAGGGAUGUGGAGGAGUCGAUCCGCCAGGAUAGUACUAAACCCUUUAUAGAGGAAGCUGUGCUACAAGUAUCUAAGUGGGGUUUUAGUGUGGCAGAUCUUCAGGUGCAGAAAAAGUGUCAACAGAGAGGAAUUUUAACUUGGCUCAGGUCCUUCUACAGUGAGGCAGAAUGUGAACUGACUGGAUUUCUAGGCCAGAUACACAUAUGGCAGGGGAUGGAUGAUCAGAUAAUCCCACCAUCAGUGACUGACUAUAUUUCGCGGGUUUUACCCGGAGCUUAUGUGCAUAAGCUCCCAAAUGAAGGCCACUUCUCCUACUUGUAUUUCUGUGAUGAAUGCCAUAGACAGAUGUUUACUACUCUUUUCGGAAGCCCUCAAGGUCCAGUUAAGGAAGUUGUUACUCCAACUCAAGUGGAAGGCAAUUCUGAAGAGCUAUCAUCAUCAAAUGCUGAUUCUCCCACGGAGUGACAAGUUGUUUCUGCUAAUUUUUUCAGGUUAAAAUUUCUGAUGUAAAUACCACAGGUUGCUCCCCUGCUCAGUGGAGCAUGAAAGAUGAGAGUUCCAUAGUUUCGGAGGAUUAGCACUUUUGACAACAGCUACUUAGAAGAAAUGAUGCUGCAAUUUACAUGAUCUUUUGUAUGAAACUGUUUGACAUCUCCAGGCAAAGCUUCAAGCUUUAGUGUGGCCAAAGAAAGGAAAACAGCUCUUUAUAAAGAUAUAUAUGCCACAAAUAUCAAUAAUACUGGGUUUUAACCCGUUAUUUACUCAAG